GGUUUCUCUUUCUUCAGUUUUGUGUGUUUGAAGAAAAAAAAUAAACUCAAACUUCUUGAUCUUGGGGUUCUUUUUAGGGUUGUUGGGACUGAUAUCUUUAGAAAAUGGGUAAAGCUGCUGGGAGAAACGGAAACGAAAACUAUAACGGCGUUGGAUUUAACGGUCAAAGAGGCGGUGGAGUUAGGCCAUACGUACGGUCUCCGGUGCCUCGGCUCAGAUGGACGCCGGAUCUCCACCGUUGUUUCGUUAACGCUGUAGAUAUGCUCGGUGGCCAACAUCGAGCCACUCCAAAGCUUGUUCUUAAGAUGAUGGAUGUGAAGGGACUCACAAUUUCACAUGUCAAGAGCCAUCUCCAGAUGCAUAGAGGUUCUAAACUUACUUUGGGGAAACCAGAGGAAAGCUCUUCAUCUUCAAUAAGAAGAAGACAAGACACUGAAGAAGAUAAUCUUCAUGACAACUUGUCUUUACACACAAGGAAUGAUUGUCUUCUGGGUUUUCACUCCUUCCCUCUUUCUUCACAUUCUUCUCUUAGGGGAGGAAGAAAAAAGGAGCAGACUUCAGAGUCUAGUGGUGAUGAUGAUGCUGACUUCCUUCACACCAUGAACAUGAAGAAGACGAAAGAAACGACGAUGUUUCGAUCACAUCAUUUCCACAAGAAAACAGAGAAGGAGAAGAACACUUGGCAAGAACACGAAGAAGAAGCAGAUUUGUCGUUGUCUCUGUCGCUGAAUCAUCAUCACUGGAGAAGCAACGGAUCAUCAGUGAGCGAUACGAGUGAAGCCGUCUCCACAUGUUCUGCACCAUUCAUCUUCAAAGAUUGCUUGGGUUCUUCACCAAAGAUUGAUCUUAACCUUAACCUUUCAAUUUCUCUCCUCGGCAGCUGAAAUAUAUAUAUAAGAUCAUUGUUUCUUAGA